AGCAGCGAGCCUAUGAAUUCCUAGUUGAAGCGCGGCGCAACGCAAUCCAUCCACGCUUAUCACCUGCAUGAAAGUUAUCUGUGCUUGCUGUCCUUGAGGAGUUUAAGGAGUAUAUUAUUCCGUAUUUUGCACAAGGCGAGGCGUUGAAGUUAACUGUCCGAAAGGAGUAAUAAUUAUCGCGCGGCUAACUAUUUUAAGCGUCGUCGCUUAGUAACCAGGAAGCGAAGAAAAAAGCUGCAGAUCUUGAUCGCGGAGAAUUGGACAACCGAACGACCAGCUGCUUUACCACGACGGGAUCACUUCCUCUAGGAAAGAAGCACUAAUAGGCUUUUCUCUUCGAACCUGGCCUUUAGUCGCAGAUAGGAGCUGUAUUCCAAAUCUGUGUUCCAUUUGUUAGACAGCAGAUAUGAGCGCUCCAGACAACAAACAUUGUAGCGGGGUGGAUUGCAGUCAGGCAGCAGGAAGUCUACGAUGUCCAGCGUGUCUUAAAAUUGGGAUUGAAAGCUACUUCUGCUCCCAGGACUGCUUUAAGCGUAGCUGGGUACGCUUCCGUACUGUCUCACAAGGUGCUGAGACCGGCUCCUCUAAACUCGGGUGUUGCUGACCUUUAACGUACAGGGUGAGCACAAGGCGAUCCACAAGUCCAAGGAAACGUUCAACCCGUUCCCAACAUUCCCUUUUACGGGUAGUCUACGACCUGUGUAUCCCCUUUCUCCCAAGAACCCUGUCCCUAGCUCGAUCCAGCACCCCGAUUAUGCAGCAGAUGGAGUUCCACGCUCAGAACAAAAAAUAUUCGGGAGACACAACAUCAAAAUACUCAACGAAAAAGAAAUAGAGGGGAUGAGGAAGGUGUGCCGGUUAUCAAGAGAGGUGCUGGAUAUUGCCGCUCGAGAAAUUCGACCAGGUGUCACCACUGACCACAUUGAUAAAGUUGUGCAUCAAGCUUGUCUAGAAAGAGAGGUAAGUGAUACAGAGUCUUUCUCGUUUCGAUAUACCGGCUGUCUGACUGUCUUCCAGGCUUAUCCAUCACCACUAAACUAUGUGAACUUUCCCAAAUCCGUCUGCACCUCUGUGAACGAAGUUAUCUGUCACGGUAUCCCCGACCAACGACCCCUAGAAGACGGUGAUAUUCUAAAUAUCGAUAUCUCGCUUUACCAUGGCGGAUUCCACGGCGAUCUCAAUGAAACAUAUUAUGUCGGCGACAAAGCCAAGGCAGACCCUGAUGCGGUUCGAGUUGUAGAAACUUCAAGGGAAUGUUUGGACAAAGCGAUUGAAAUUGUUAAACCAGGAACCCUAUUCCGAGAAUUUGGGAAUGUGAUCGAGAAGCACGCCAAGAGCCGGGAUUGCAGCGUUGUCAGGAGCUAUUGUGGCCACGGAAUAAACCAGCUAUUCCACACUACCCCAAGCAUCCCGCAUUACGCUAAAAGCAAAACUGUGGGGUCAGCCAAAGCAGGGAUGUGCUUCACUAUUGAACCCAUGAUCAAUCUCGGAAGUUAUCGAGACAAAACAUGGCCCGACAACUGGACAAGUGUUACCAUAGACGGGAAGAGAUCAGCUCAGUUUGAGCAUACGCUUCUAGUGACAGAGGAUGGUGUCGAUGUCCUUACUGCAAGGCUCCCAGAUUCGCCGGGCGGUGCGAUACCGAUGCCAGCCGCUGCUUCAUAGGGCGUGACGAGCUAGAAUUUCGGAGUCACGCCUUCCCGUAUCAAAGUUAAUCGUGUUUCUGAAGAAUAUCAAAUAAGCCUUUUUCUACUAUCUAGAAUGCUCUUUUUGGACGACAAGAAAGAGAAAAAAAAAAUAGAUUCCGCCUCUCGCAUGGCCUUUUUCAACAACUAUUACUUCGAUAUCCUUUCCAGGAGCUCUCUUUGUAAGUGGCACGUGCUAUGAGCUAUUUAGCCGCAAAGUUUCCAUUAGCGCUGUUAUUGUCACGUGCUAGGUAUUUAUCUGCCGCGGAGCCGUCUGCUUUAGAAUAACGUGGAAAUGAACUUUGUUACACAGGUCAGCUCCAACUCAAGAUGGAUAUAACGACUGAAUUACACGCUGAAGAGUCCCGGCCUUUAGCUGCUACCCGCAACAAAGCUCAGCAAUUCCUCGGUUCUGGUUGGUCGUCCUUCUGGAUAAUAACGAGCCGCCGGAUAAGGCUCGAAGCGGGGCUUGCGCCGGCCCCACUUUUGCUUACCGAGCAGCUUUGGC